CGCAUCUCCCCCGCCCUCUUUCCCUGUUCCACCCUGCCGGCCAAUUCUGUCUGGUUCCUGGGACACAGCUGCUGGCCCGAAUUUGGACUUGCUGCCUGGUGUUCGCCGCUGAGACUGUAGGCCGUGUUUUGCGUGCGGUGGCCUCUGCACUGACCGUCAGACGGACGGCGUGCGGGAUGGCACCUGCGGUGGCGAUUUCGGCAACCUCAACACCGUGAGCAAACGGUGUACGUGUUAGCCCAUCCGAUACCUGCAUUCACCGCUUACGUGCAGUUGUUACUCCGUUUCAUCCUGGAGGAAGCUCAAAAAUCAGCAGUUUACCAUUAGGGUUGGAAUUCACGUCUGUACGUUUUCACGCCACAGGCUUUGGGGCUUAAAGCUCAAGAGAUGGCUGCCCAGUGCGUGACAAAGGUGGAGCUGAAUAUUUCCUGUGACAAUCUUCUGGAUAAGGACAUAGGUUCGAAGUCGGACCCGUUAUGUGUGUUAUUUUUGAACACAAGCGGUCAGCAGUGGUAUGAGGUUGAGCGCACAGAAAGGAUUAAGAAUUGCUUGAAUCCCACAUUUUCCAAGACAUUUAUUAUUGAUUACUACUUUGAAGUGGUUCAGAGAUUGAAAUUUGGGAUUUAUGACAUCGACAACAAAACAGUUGAGCUGAGUGAUGAUGACUUCUUAGGAGAAUGUGAAUGUACCCUUGGACAAAUUGUUUCCAGUAAGAAGUUGACUCGACCACUGGUGCUUAAAAACGGCAGACCUGCGGGUAAAGGCAGCAUCACGAUUUCAGCAGAAGAAAUAAAGGAUAACAGAGUGGUCUUGUUUGAAAUGGAAGCAAGAAAACUGGAUAAUAAGGAUCUAUUUGGAAAAUCAGAUCCAUAUCUGGAAUUCCACAAGCAGACAUCUGAUGGAAACUGGCUCAUGGUUCAUCGAACAGAGGUUAUUAAAAACAACUUGAAUCCUGUUUGGAGGCCUUUUAAAAUCUCUCUUAACUCACUGUGCUAUGGAGAUAUGGAUAAAACUAUUAAGGUAGAGUGCUAUGACUAUGAUAACGAUGGGUCACAUGAUCUCAUUGGGACAUUUCAAACCACCAUGACUAAACUGAAAGAAGCCUCCAGGAACUCACCUAUUGAAUUUGAAUGCAUAAAUGAAAAAAAGAGACAGAAGAAGAAAAGCUACAAGAAUUCAGGUGUCAUCAGUGUGAAGCAGUGUGAGAUUACAGUGGAAUGCACAUUCCUUGACUAUAUUAUGGGAGGAUGUCAGCUGAAUUUUACUGUGGGGGUGGACUUCACUGGCUCCAAUGGUGACCCACGGUCUCCUGACUCCCUUCAUUACAUCAGCCCCAACGGUGUGAAUGAGUACUUGACUGCUAUCUGGUCUGUGGGACUAGUCAUUCAAGAUUAUGAUGCUGAUAAGAUGUUUCCAGCUUUUGGUUUUGGAGCCCAGAUACCUCCCCAGUGGCAGGUUUCGCAUGAAUUUCCCAUGAACUUUAAUCCAUCCAACCCGUACUGUAAUGGGAUCCAAGGCAUUGUGGAGGCUUAUCGAGCCUGCCUUCCUCAGAUAAAACUUUAUGGACCCACGAAUUUCUCCCCAAUCAUCAACCACGUGGCCAGAUUUGCUGCUGCAGCUACACAGCAACAGACAGCUUCGCAAUAUUUUGUGCUCCUAAUCAUUACGGAUGGUGUGAUCACAGAUCUGGACGAGACCAGGCAAGCUAUUGUCAGUGCUGCCAAGCUGCCCAUGUCCAUCAUCAUUGUUGGAGUGGGCGGGGCUGACUUCAGUGCCAUGGAAUUUCUGGAUGGUGACAGUGGGAGUCUGCGCUCCCCAUCUGGCGAGGCUGCCAUCAGAGAUAUUGUCCAGUUUGUGCCUUUCAGGCAGUUUCAGAACGCUCCCAAGGAGGCGCUGGCCCAGUGUGUCCUGGCUGAGAUCCCCCAGCAGGUGGUGGGCUACUUCAACACCUACAAGCUCCUUCCUCCCAAGAACCCCAUUACUGCCACCAAGUGAAAGCUCUCCAGCCUCCCCAUAUGAUGGACAUGCCGUGUCACAUACUUUCACCCCAUCAUUUAGGAUGUGAACCUGAUUCUCUAUGGAUUCCAUUUACUUAAAGCAUUCUUUUUAUACUUUUUUCAGAGGAGCACUUGCUAAGUUAUCUUUUCCCAAUCAAUUCAGUGGUCGCUUCUGAUUUCUGGUAAUUGCAUUCAGGCUGUUUGGAUUAGACACUCAUGUAAGAAAAGCUUAUUUUGUUGUAAUUAUUUACUUUCCUAGGAUAAAAAUGCCAUUUUGAAUGUUUGUCAAUAGAAAAAAUGAAAACCUAUUGGGAUGGUGCAAUUUCAGGUUGCUGUGCUUUGUGUAUCACAAGACCAUGUCCAUCUUGGUGACAAUGCUUCUCAAAGAAAAUGACACUGGAUUUGUUCCUAUAAUGGUUCAGUGCUUUUCUGGAGGCUGCAAGUGUCCCCAGCUGUGCCUGAGUUUGUGGCAGGGUAGACAGGGUCCAGUUCACAGAACAGCAGCAGCACCAGGACUUCCUGCAGAGUGCUAAAUGACAAGGCACACACUUGCUCUUUAUGACACAGUGACCUCAGCCGUGUGUGAGUAGCCAUCUGUGUUUGCUGCUCAGUCUUUUCUGUGCAUGCAGAACACUGUCCAUGAGGUCUAUGAGCUCAGGGUCUGCAUCUGUAGGCAAUAGCUUGUCCUAGAAUCUCCAUUACUAGAGCAUUUUCACUAGUGUUUGUUAAAAUGGCUAAGACUGCUUUGUCCAGGAACACUAAGGACCAAGCCAGAAUUCCAUUUCCUUUUCGCUAAUGAAAGACUAUGCUUAUUAAGAAAGGACAGUUUUAUACUUUUCUUGCUAAGGUCCCAUACGUUGAUUUGUACAUAAUCAUUUAGACAUUUUGUCCUUUUUUUAAGUAACAUUUUUAGUCUGAUUUUUAAACUCAUGAUAAUGGUUUUCUAUGAAUCAAAAUUAUGUUUUCCAUUUUAAUAAUGUGCUGUUUCCUAGGCGCAGAAUAUAUUGUAUUAAGCAUAAAACCUGCCAUGACUGCCAUGUGGCUCGGUUGGAGCAUCAUUCUGUAAACCAAAAGGUUGCUGAUUCCAUUUCUGGUUAGGGCUCAAGCCCGGGUUGCGGGUUUGGUCCCCAGUUGGGGCAUGUGCAAGAGGAAACUGAUCAACAUUUCUCUCUCAUAUCAAUCUUUCCCUCCCUCUCUUCCUUCCUCCCUUCCCCUCUAAAAAUAAAUGAAUAAAAUCUUUUUUAAAAAACAAACAAUUUUUAAAAAGCAUAAAAACUGUUAUAACUUUAAAAAAAAAACAACUUCUGCCUAAAGACAGAGUGCACUUUACAUGCUUUUUUUCCCUCUAAUUUUUACCCUUUAGAACAUGUUACUAAGUAAACAUUUUAUCAUCAGAUUAGAUUCAGCAAUGGCUUAUUGAGGAUCCCUGUGCCAAGUACUGUACAUAUCCAUAUGUUGGCCAAUCAUCUUUAAGAAUUCAACAUUAAAAACUUCAUAUUGAUCACAAAUCCUCAAGUGGAUGCAUCCAGUGCUAUGGUAAUAUGCCAUUCAGUCCUGAAACUUGCACCAAAGCUUGUGUCUCUUGUUCCGUGAAAUGUUGGCUGCUUCCAGUAGUUUGGAGCUUUUGUUGUCCUGUGUUCUAAUUUUAUGUGACUUGGACACAACACACGUAUAUUGCUGUGGUUUUCAGAAUUUUCUUUUUUAAACACACUCCUGGGCCCCUCCUCUCUCCCUAGUGCUAACCAGCCCUGCAGCGCUGGUAUCUCCUGCACAGGGUACUGGGACCACUGGGCAUGACUGGUCAGCGAUCCACUGCCCAGAUCACAGUUCUUCUGACACCACUGUCCAACUGUGCAAUGUCAUAUUCUGGUUUUAACAAGAAUUGUUUCCUUUUUAAAAUUAUUACUCAAUUUUGAUCAGGUUCAUCAGUAGAUGCUGUUUCUCAUAAAAACUGUGGUUCCAGCAAAUUAGGGUAAUGGAUAUCUUCUUGCAGUUUUAAAUAAAAGCAGUUACAGUUUCUAAGUCAUUUUAUAAAGUCUUUACAAUUCCUACAUUUCACCUCAUCUUAUGUGAUUUAAUAUUGUUUUAUAUUAAAAUUGUCCCUUAGCCUGUUGUGCAACCAUUCAUUCAAGUGCCAUUAGUUCUUAAAGUGCAUUUAAAGAAGCAAUAACCAGAUAGGUUAUGAGCAUAUGCUGCGUUGAUGGUGCCCUGGGUGGAUGCACUAUUUCUUGCGUGUGCCUAUACAGAGAGGGCAGUAUACCAUUCGGCACAGUCAGGUCACAGAGACGUAGAGUUGGUCCAAAGCUUACACCUGUCUGCUGUCCCUGAGCAGACUCAAGGCCCACUACUGAGUAUAUGCCUCAUCCUCAUGCUUUGCCUUGUUUGUGUAGCUCCUGGAAAGUCAUCUUGGUCAAUCUCUCCAUAUAUGUGUUUGACAGUCAUGGAAGUGACACAUAAGCAAGACGUCUGGCUGUGAUUGUGAGAACUCUUGUGCUUUUGGGGUGUCAUGUUUGACAAUAAGUGUGUAAGUUACAAACACAGGGUUCCGGCAGAAGUAAGGCCUGCUUGAAUGUGGUUGGUAGGGUAAUAAUACGGGUGUAAUAAUUCAUAGUUUUAAUUUGAACAUUUCACAUAAAAGGUUAUAUUGUAUGCUUGAGUGUGAUAUUAUGUUACAGAAUUACAUCUUAUGCUUUUGUAAUAAAAGUUUGUAAUAAAAAAGGGGGAGUUAUUUGUACUGGACCCUGUAUAUUAAUGUUAAGCAUAUCUUCCAUUCGAAUUCCCUUUGGAUAAAGGUAUUUCUUGAUGUGCUGCAAUAGUGCCUUGUUUUCAUUUUUAUUCUUCUCUAAAUGUUAUAA